AUGAGAAGGAGCAUCAAAAGACACGCGGCUGAGGCAACCCACCAGCGCGCCAGCUGCUCGGAGGUGCGCGGCUACAACCCCCCAUUAUCCAGCGACCUCCGUGCACGGGCCAGACUGGUGCGGGCGAAAGCGUGCGGGCGCCUGGGUCACGUGCGCACUGCAAAUGAGGCGGGCGCCGCGCCAAUGUCCCGCUUCAGUACGGCUCGGUUUGAGAUGGUUUACCUCCUGAUUUGUUCUCCUAUAUGUUCACGCAUGCAGCCGGAAUGGGGGAUUAUCCACCUGCAAUAUGGAAUAGUGUAG